AUGCUGUCACGAUCAGGCCGGGCGGAAACCCGCAGUCGGGCAAAAGAGGACAUCAAACGAGUCAUCAACGCGAUCGAUAAAGUGAGGAAAUGGGAGAAGAAAUGGGUCACAGUCGGGGACACGUCUGUAACAAUUCUCAAGUGGGUUCCAGUAACUGCUCAGGAGAACCCUGGAGCAUUGCGGAAAAUCCCAGGCGUAAAGACGAAAACUUACUCCAAGGCAAGAGUAGAUAAAGAAAGAGAGCUCUAUACAGCUGAGACAGAUGCUCAGGUGAGGUCCAUGUCUCCAUCCAACAGUAACACAAACACAUCGACCGCCAGCAGCCCCUCUUCUAAGUUACACCAUCAUCACCGUCACUCCCACAUCAGUUCCGGCAGCAAGAGGAAGGCGAGGGAAAUCACAAACAGCCACGGUACAGUCAUGUACACAGAAGAAAAUACCCAGCAGUCAUUUGGUUCCGAGAAUCUCAACGAGGAUUCCAACCUUUCAUUUGCCGAGAACAGCGAGCACAGUGAACAUAACGAGAACACGACUGAGUUCUCCCCCGAUAGUAAUGAUGCUGACCCUCAGAUGAGAGUUG